UCCGAGUCUGACCUAUUAUUAUAGCUGCGCGAACGUAGUUAGCCUCAGAACAAUGCCUUCUCCGUCCCCGCCGCUGUCUCAUCACCCGUCCCAUCUCCACCGGCGCCUGCUACCGAAAGCCCGCCCUGCCAUGCGGUUCUUGCUUUCCAAAGUACAAUCUAUCGCGUUCAAACUGCACCGCUUUCAAGGCGCUCGCUUGACAGCCGUCCUCCGCUUUAUGUUCUGGAAUAUAAUAUGCGGCCAGUAUAGGGACGCUUCUGCUCCGUCUUACCUACGCUUACAGUACAAUUUCCGAAUAUACGCCACAGGAUCCAGAACAAGUCAAUUCCAUCACAUCUUCCGCCGCUCAACGAAUCAACGGCCAACAGCCAGUCCGUUCUCCUGGGUGCCUCGAUCACCGCCGACUGCGCCUGCGAGCUCGAAGCCCAAAUUGUAACGGCACGGCCAACAACAAUGAUUGCAUCCACCAUCAGAUGUCUCGAUUAUCCGUUCCACUGCUGAAUCUCCGUUUCCUCCGUCCCGCGCAAAGUCCAUUCCCAUUGCACUUUUGUGUUUCCUUGGCCGUCCAAUAUCAAUCCUCCGGAGCGAGCCGUUAACGUUGCAGUGUAGGUUCUGAAUGGAUGGGUAACUAUGUACAUAAUGAAGACGUAUGCUGCUAUUUUCAGCUGCGGUCUCUAUGUACGUAUACGCCGAAUGGGUGCAUCCCGGAAGAAUCGACGACGGACGUGCUGGUGAGAGAUUU